AUGGCGGACAGCGCCAGCGAGAGCGACACGGACGGCGCGGGGGGCAGCGGGAGCGGAGGCGGCGGGCCGGGGGCGCUUCCCGGCUGCCCUGCGGGGCCUGGCCCGGCGGCGGGGGGCAGCAAAGCGGGCGGCAUCGUGAUCUCGCCCUUCCGCCUGGAGGAGCUGACGAACCGGCUGGCGUCGCUGCAGCAGGAGAACAAGGUGCUCAAGAUCGAGCUGGAGACCUACAAGCUCAAGUGCAAGGCGCUGCAGGAGGAGAACCGCGACCUGCGCAAGGCCAGCGUCACCAUCCAAGCAAGAGCAGAGCAAGAAGAGGAAUUUAUCAGUAAUACCCUGUUUAAGAAGAUUCAGGCUUUGCAGAAGGAGAAAGAGACACUUGCAGUGAACUAUGAAAAGGAGGAAGAAUUUCUCACUAAUGAGCUCUCGAGGAAGCUGAUGCAGCUGCAGCACGAGAAGGCUGAACUAGAGCAGCAUUUAGAACAGGAGCAGGAAUUCCAAGUGAACAAACUGAUGAAGAAGAUUAAAAAACUGGAAAACGAUACCAUUUCAAAGCAGCUGACUCUGGAGCAGCUAAGACGCGAGAAGAUUGACCUUGAAAAUACACUAGAACAAGAACAAGAAGCGCUAGUGAAUCGCCUCUGGAAGAGAAUGGAUAAACUUGAAGCUGAAAAACGAAUUUUACAGGAGAAAUUAGACCAACCCGUGUCUGCUCCUCCAUCACCAAGGGACAUAUCAAUGGAGAUAGACUCCCCAGAGAACAUGAUGCGGCACAUCAGGUUUCUAAAGAAUGAGGUGGAGAGGUUGAAGAAACAACUGAGGGCAGCUCAGUUACAACAUUCGGAGAAGAUGGCACAGUAUUUAGAGGAAGAACGUCACAUGAGAGAAGAGAAUUUGAGGCUCCAAAGAAAACUGCAGAGAGAGAUGGAACGAAGGGAAGCCUUGUGCAGACAGCUGUCGGAAAGUGAAUCAAGUUUGGAAAUGGAUGAUGAGAGAUACUUUAACGAGAUGUCUGCACAAGGAUUAAGACCUCGCACUGUGUCCAGUCCAAUCCCUUACACGCCUUCACCGAGUUCUAGCAGACCUAUAUCACCUGGUCUCUCAUAUGCAAGCCACACAGUUGGUUUUACUCCCCCAACUUCACUCACCAGAGCCGGCGUGUCUUAUUAUAACAACCCAGGCCUUCAUGUGCAGCACAUGGGACCCUCCCAUGGUAUUACAAGGCCUUCACCACGAAGAAGCAACAGCCCUGACAAAUUCAAACGCCCCACGCCUCCUCCUUCUCCAAAUACGCAGACCCCACUGCAGCCUGCUCCACCCCCUCCACCGCCCCCCGUGCAGCUGCCGGUCCAUUCCUCAACCUCCCAGUCAGCCUCUUUCCCACACUCGAUGCAUCCUUCAUCUCAGCCUUAGUGCACGCGCUCAGCAAAUCUGUCUUCAGAGUCGGACUCAUGACACCCGAGCAGUUUACUACAAGCCAAAGGCUUACAACGGCAUAUUCGGAUUUGACUUAUUUGCACUGAAGUUUAUCGAGGCUUCACUGUUUAAUUGUGUUGUACAUGUUUUUUUGGGUGGCGGGGGGUUUCUCCGCAGGCUGCUUCAAAACGGUCACAUGUUUCGUACACAGAAAGCACUUGAGUGUCGGUGAUAGCGUGAAGCUUACACGUAGAGGAUAAAACGUGGCAGCCUGCGUGGCCGUGCUUAGUGUUACACAGAUGUGUCUUCCGUGCAAGAAGCGUGUUGUAUUUUGAAGCGGUCCUAACAUGCAGCCAGUGUUGUGGAUCUACAACACUAAUUUAAAGAAACAAAGAUUCCAUCAGUGUUUUACUUGAACUUAACGUGUAUGUCCAUUCUCUUGGCUGGAACGUUUGCUCCUUUGUUUGAUAUUACGGCAUUUUGUUCUGCUGAGACCCCAAAGCUUUAUUCUCCCCCCACCCCGGGCUUCUAGGUUUGUAAGAUGAAAGGGACAGCUUUUUAUAUUUUUUCAUGACGAUUUGCUUAUAAAUUUACAGGCAUGGGCUGUAUAUUAUGAACUCCCAAGACAGUACAGUUGCAUUUUGAGCUUAUAUGUUAUAUUAGCACUACAUUUUAGUUAAAUGACAAAAAGUGCAGCUUUUUAGUGCAAAAGAGAAAGUCAGACAGCUCCAUGCCCAAGCUCACUUUUUUUCUUAACAUCAUCCCUUAAUUUUCAGAUACAUCGUUAAACUUUGAAUACUUUUUUUUUUCCUCCAGUGUGUGGUACAGUCGGAAGUUCAGUGUGGGAAGCCUGACUUGUCGAAGUAUAUAGAAUGUAUCGAUCCAUGAACCUUAAGAGUUGAUUGUUUUCAUUUCUCUUUCAUGUUGAUCUGUAAAAACUGUCCGUACUGUUGUUUUUUUCCAUCACAAUGAUCUUCUGUGAAGUGUGGUGCUGCCAACAAGAUCCUUGUGGCUGAUUCAAGUGUGUUCUCUGAUUUCUGCCAUUAAAAAAAAAACAAUUUGCAUUAAAAACAAACAAACAAAAAAAGGCUGAUCUCUCCCCCGGCCCCCCGGUUUAAAAAUAUAAUAAUUGUGUGACACUCCCCAUCCUCUCCACUCUGGAAGUCUGAGCAACUGUUGUAUGCAUUCAAAGAAGAAUCAGAAAGAAGAUAUGAUUGAAAGUGCACAUUUAUAGCAGCGUAUUGGUAUAACAGCCGAAAAAUGUUAUAUUGCUUGGUAGGAAAAAAAAAAAAAAAAGGACAGAUUUACAGAGGAAGUUAAGUGAUGAUAGCAGAUGCAUAUUUAGCAGCAUAAGCCGGUACAAUGUAUAAAGAAAUGUAUUCUGAAAUACAUUCUUUCCAUUUAACACAAAUAAAUUGUUUGGUUUCACUUUGCAGUGGAACAACAA